UAAUUAUUAUUAUUUUUUUUACCUUUUAAUUUUAAAAACAAAAUAUAAUUUGACAAUAUUUUGUUUUCUUUUUUUAAAAGAUAUCGAAUAUAAAAUAAGACAAUCUUAUUGGUUGGUGAACCUAGAGGUUCACCCUAGGGGGUGGACCUAAGAAUACAUCUCUUUGAACUGGUGACUUCCCCAGUUGUAUACAUCCAUUGUGUCUAGCAAUCAGGUUAAUCUAUUGCCAGUUAGUAUAGCGACAAACAGACAUCAAUUUGUAUACAUCAUAGCUAAAGCCCAAGAAUAUGUUAUAUAUACAAAAUUCACAAUUCAAAUCAUUUAAAACGUAAGAUACAAAACGUCAUUGCAUGUAUAAUUGAAAAAUGAUGUAAAAUGUAAAUAAAACUAAAUUAUUUAUUUUUACAUUUUACUCCGCUCAAGGCAUUGCAUGUAUACUGCUACUACCUAGUGUUUGUAGUAAAUCUUCAUCGUUCAGUAAACGUUCCAUGAUGGUAACUAUAGGAGAUAUAUAUGAAUAUAAUGUAAAUAUAUUCUUUCCUUAUUGUAGAGAUAAGCUCAGAGUCAUCCUUUGUAGAUAAACUCAUUCAACCACAUUCUUUCUACUCUAUAUGGUCUCAGAACGUAUCUUUACAAUAAGGAAAGUAUAUAUUUACAGUGUAUUCAUAUCUAUCUCCUGUAGUGACAUAAUCAUAAAAAGUGUGUAGUGAAUUAUAUAUAUAUAUAUAUAUUAGUCAUCAAUCAAGUUUAAGUUAAAAUUAUAGUUAAGAAGAGAUAGAAGCAUGAAACUCAACUUCGAAAAAAUGAUGUAUGUAAAAGUUCUGAUGAUGGUAAUAGCGAUAUGGUUCGUGCCCAUGACCUACAGUAAUGAAGCCCAAGCACCCGCUGGUGAUGUAGCCGAGGCACCCGGAACCGACAGAUUCAACAAUGAUUGGUAUGAUGCACGAGCCACAUUUUACGGUGACAUCCAUGGUGGAGACACUCAAAUGGGAGCUUGUGGAUACGGUGAUCUAUUUAAACAAGGCUAUGGUCUAGCCACGGCCGCGUUGAGCCCGGCGCUCUUCAACGACGGCUACACGUGCGGGGCUUGUUACGAGAUCAUGUGCACGCGUGAUCCACAAUGGUGUUUGCCCGGAUCCAUUAAAAUCACAGCUACAAAUUUAUGUCCAGCAAAUUACACCAAGACGACAGACAUAUGGUGCAACCCACCACAAAAACAUUUUGAUCUCUCAAUGCCAAUGUUCCUCAAGAUCGCCAAGUACAAAGCUGGGGUUGUCCCGGUUAGAUACAGACGUAUUCCCUGUACGAAAAACGGUGGUGUCAAAUUCGAAACCAGCGGAAACCCUUAUUUCUUAAUGAUCUUGCCGUACAAUGUAGGAGGCGCCGGAGAUAUUAAUGCCAUGCAGAUUAAAGGAAGCACGACCGGAUGGAUAAACAUGAGGAAGAAUUGGGGACAGCACUGGACCACCAAUAUUGUGUUGACCGGACAAGGUUUAUCAUUCAUGGUUAGAACAAGUGAUGGGGUUGUUAAGCAAUUUAUGAAUGUUGCACCAAAUAAUUGGGGAUUUCAACAGACAUUUGAUGGAAGGAUUAACUUUUAGGAGACUGGUUUGAGAUUUGUUAGCUAUAUGUCUUAUAGCUCUACAGAAUUAUACAGAUGUAUCAGGUGCAAAAUUUACAAUAAUUAAAAAGACAACACUAAACAAAUGAGAUUUCCUUUACAAAUAUAUUAUGUGUUGAAUUCAUGCAUUUGGUUUAACUUCAACAUCACUAGUCUUUUGACAUAGCAUUCCGCUCGUUUUGAUUCCAACUAUUCAGCUUUUUUUGCGAAGUUUAUGUUUUUCCCUUUCUUAUAACUCACGACCGCACACUCCCAAGUCCCAAGUCUUAUAUGUGUAGAGACAUGGUGGCUACAUCCUACAUAGUACACAUCAUAUGCUACCAAGUUCCGGCGUCUUAUAUCGAAUUAAGACUUCAAUCCCAUCCGGUUGGAAGCUUAUAUAUAUAGAAACUCUCGUAAGUGCCCCUAUGUUUGAGUAAUGACAAGAUUGAAAGAUUACUGAAAAAUGAAAAGUCAUAUACCUAUUUUUCCAUAAUUUUGUUCUCACAAUGUAAACUUAGAAGUUAUACACACCAAUUGGACCAAGUACAAGGAAAAUAUUUCAUUUCACGGUGUUUGUUACUAUCAUCUAGUUAAGUUAUUUUGACAGUAUAAACCUUUUGAAGUUUUAUUGUAGUGAAAAUUACUCGGAUUAACUCUCAUUUAUUAAGUAAUUACUAGAUUAAUUUUCUUUCAUAACCAGAUGAUGAAAUCACUACAAGAAAAGAUGAUAUUUUCUGACGGACAUUUUUUUUUUUUUUGGUAAAAAUGUAAAGAUAUUAUUACCAAGUUUUUCAAGGUUUCGACAGAAAUACAAUAGAGACAAGAAGCGGACGAAAGAAAAUAAAACCUAAAUAACAACUCGAUCUAUCUAGCUGAAACCGACCCAACAAACAAAACCGCU